UCUUCAUUCGAAAGAAAGGGAGUAAGGAGGACUGGUAGCUGCGUUUGAAGUCACACUAAGUCAUCAUUGGGCUAUAAUGCUGCGAGUGAGGUGCCUGAGAGGAGGGAGCAGAGGGGCCGAGGCUGCCCAUCUGAUCGGAGCCAUGUUGACCCGUGCAGCGACUGGUUGGGUGCAGAGGGCCUUCCAGACCACCUCCAGCGCCGCAGCUGCUCAAACACAGCCGACGGUUGAAGACGACCAUGUUACUGAUCCUGCCCAGCAGGAGUGUCCUGUUAGCAGCUACAAUGAAUGGGACCCUCUUGAGGAGGUCAUUGUGGGCCGUGCUGAAAAUGCCCGUGUGCCUCCCUUCACUGUGGAAGUGAAAGCAAACACAUAUGAGAAGUACUGGUCCUUCUAUCAGAAGUAUGGAGGCCAACCUUUUCCCGUGGACCACUUAAAAAAAGCUGUUUCUGAAAUUGAAGAAAUGUGCAAUAUUCUCCGUCACGAGGGUGUGAAUGUGAGGAGGCCUGAGCCGAUUGACUGGUCCAUGGAAUACAAAACUCCAGACUUCCAAUCAUCAGGCAUGUAUGCAGCCAUGCCCCGGGAUAUCCUUCUGGUAGUGGGAAAUGAGAUCAUCGAGGCUCCGAUGGCGUGGAGGGCUCGCUUCUUCGAGUACCGAGCAUACCGGCCUUUGAUCAAGGAGUAUUUCAGAAAAGGUGCUAAAUGGACCACUGCUCCCAAACCCACUAUGUCUGAUGAGCUCUACGAUCAGGACUAUCCCAUCCGCACAGUGGAGGACAGACACAAGCUGGCCGCUCAGGGCAAAUUUGUGACCACGGAGCACGAGCCCUGCUUUGACGCUGCUGAUUUCAUUCGUGCUGGCAAGGACAUUUUUGUCCAGAGAAGUCAGGUUACAAACUACAUGGGAAUUGAGUGGAUGCGCCGUCACCUGGCCCCAGACUACAAUAUCCACAUCAUCUCAUUCAAAGACCCGAACCCCAUGCACAUUGAUGCUACUUUCAACAUCAUCGGACCAGGACUUGUGCUGUCAAACCCUGAUCGGCCAUGUCGCCAGAUUGAUAUGUUCAAGAAGGCAGGCUGGACUGUUGUAAAACCUCCGACACCUCUGAUUUCCGAUGAUCACCCUCUAUGGAUGUCCUCUAAAUGGUUGUCCAUGAAUGUUCUGAUGCUGGAUGAGAAGCGCGUCAUGGUUGAGUCCAAUGAAGUCACCAUUCAGAAAAUGUUCGAGAGCCUCGGUAUAAACACCAUAAAGGUGAACAUUCGCCAUGCCAACUCGCUGGGUGGCGGCUUCCAUUGCUGGACUACUGACGUCCGCCGUCGUGGUACACUGCAGUCCUACUUUCACUAGCCUUGCCAGAAAUGGGCAGUUUUUAUUGAGCUUUAAAUGAUUAGAGGCUCAGUUUGGAAUUUUAACUCAAUUGCUGCUUAUAAAUUUAUUACCUAGUGUCUCUAUUAAGAUUAACAUUAAUAUUAACAGGGCGGCUGUACAGAUUUUACUUUGCAAGUCAACUGUUCCAACUUGAGUGUCAAAAUAGUGAACAUUGUGAUUUUUAUAAGUGUAUUGACAAAUACACAAAUCCAUUCACUAGUCGUAACAGUUGGCACUAAAAUCUUGCUCUUGAUUGGGUCUUCAUGUCUUGGGUGAAUAUGAAUGUAUUGUUUUGAUUUGACAUUGCUGUGCAUUACAGUGCCUUUGCAAACAGCUUUGUUUUGAUGUACAGUGAACCCCGACUUAUUCAUGAUUGGGCAAUUGUUGGAUUUUUUUAUGUGUGUGUGGGUGUGCGGGGGGGCUAUCAUCUGUUAUUUGUUCAAACAAAAGUCACCAAAGCCAUGUCUAAUAUAAAUUACAUUGGCCAUCUUGGGGCCAUAAUACGUUGUUGAAGUAAGGAGAGGAGGUUCAUAUAGUCACUACAGCCUCGUCUAAUAGAAAAAAGUGCGUUGCCAAUAUCUUGUGACGUAUAUUGGCAAUUAUAAACCUGUACGUGUGGCGUCAAUUGUUCGUGACUAGCGGGGUUCACUGUACACUCACCAGCCACUUUAUUAGCUACACUUUGUGAUUGUAUGCAACAUUCCUGCUAUGAAUUCUACAUUAUACAAACAUUUUUAAAUCGAGGAUCCAAGUAAACUUUUCUGGAUUUUUUUGCAUUGAUUCAGAAUCUGUCCUUGUUUUUUUUGUCGAGCACAUCCGGUUUUUAUAGUAAUAAUGAGGAAAAUAAAAAUAAUCUAAUGUUAUAUUUAAAAUAGUAAUAUAUUUUAUAAUAUUUAUGAAUUAAGGGUUAGGUUCACUAAAAGGUGGAUUUUUUUCAGAAACAUCUUCGCUAUGAAUUACAAAGCAAGUCCAAGAUUUUAUCGGUCAAUCGUAAAAAAACAAUGAAAACAUCUCAUCAUGUGCUCGCAAAAAAACCCAAAACAAAACAUUUUUGAAAUCUGCUUUAAAAAUACAUUUAGGGACAUAAAGCCGAUAUGUAAGCUAUGAAUCUCCCUAAUGUUGCUUUCUGUGAAGUUGAUAGAAUGCAUUGUGGCAAAGAAAUCAUGGCAGAGUGGUUGCAUUGCACUGUUCAAGUGUAUCUAAUAAAUUGUUGACGUACGUGCUCAAUAGCACCGUCACUUUCCUUCAACAUACGUAUAUCUCAAUAUUAACUGCAUUUCUGGCCUGGCUAUUGUUUCUGGCUUCGACAUCUUCAAGUCAACAUGAGGACAAGGUAGAGUUUGGUAUGAGAAUGUCGCCAACCUAGGGCACAGGGGGAAGGGAACUACUUCCUUUUGAACACUCAGAAACAACACUUCUGUGGUUUUCGAAACUAUUUUUAUAUUUAAAUAAAUGUAUUCAAGUUGUUCUGUGGGUUAUUCAACAUGAUGAAUUUCUUUUCACUGGGAGAUUUUGUAAAGAUCUCAAUUGAUUGGACAAAGUUCUAUUUAUAUUUGUCAUUUUUCUCUUUAUUUGGAUUUCCCACCAAUUCAUGUUUUUUUAUAUAUAUAUUUACAGUCCAUAUCAUAUAUUGUAGCCUUUACCUUUUGCCUCUGCUGUUCUUGUUGCAAAACUGGGCCAGUUAUAUGCUGCAAGUCAUUCUCACUGAAUUGGGUGGCUGUUUUUGUUUGUACAGCAGAAAUGCCUUAAGAAUGAAGAAAGAAAUGUGUCUGUAAUGCCUGAAUUUCAUUUUCAGAAGGAUACAGUCAAAAGUGUUUGCCUCCUAAAGUCUGUUGCGAGUGGAGUUCAGUAAUAAGGAAAGCAAGUGCUGUUUUGUAUUGUGCAACAUUAAUAAAUAGAAUUAAAAACAUG